AUGUCUAGCAGUGAUCCAGUGGACGACCCCAUCGUGGCAGUAUUGCCUAUUCGCCUCUCAACCGCACUCUCCCCGAACGUCCAGCUUCAUCAAUUCCCCCUCCUCACUAGACCACUCCAAGUCCCACCUUCUGCAGCUCAAAGCGGAAAGAAAAUUCGUGCACGAGUCAAGCCGAAAGCUGCUCGACUCGAGGUACACGUUCCAGUGGAUACUCGUCCAGAAGUAUGGAACAAGGAACGAGCAGAAGAGCUCGGUAAAGCGAGGGCCAUAGACGAUGCGGAGAAGAACUUGUGGUCGAAGAAAGGAAAUGAAAGCACCCGCGACGAACGAUUAUCAGAAGUUCGUAUGAGGAGCGAACAGGUCCCAGAAAGAGGGAGUUAUAUGCUUGGUAUUGUUCGUAAUGGUCAUUUGCAUCUCCAUCCGAUUAGCCAGACUCACCAGCUUCGACCUACUCUGACUUACAUGGACGUACUCAAUCGCAAAAGUCGACGAACAAGAACUAGUGCUGACGAAGAUUCCGAUUCCGACGAGGGGCCGCCUCCGGACCCAGAUGACCCGAAUCCUCCGUCACCAGUUAAAAGGGAACCCAAGUCAACUGGCGAAUCGAGGGACGUAACUGUAUCAAUUCGCAAGGCAGACGACAAAGGUGCCCAAUCUCUAACAGGAGGACUGACGGCAGCACGCCGUGAAAUGUUGCACACACUACGUCUGGAAGAGGAAGAACCUUGGGAGGAUUUUGAAUACUGUGAUGGAGAGUCUGUGGAAGCUCAAGAAAGUUUUGAAGCAGUCUUUUCCAAAUCGGAAGAUAAGCUCGCAUGCAAAUCAGAUUUCUCUUCUUUUCUACAAAGUAUUCCAGGGUUAUGAUUGGGAUGAUAGUGAAAU